AGCUUUUUAUUGACUAGUAACGAUUUCAUUUCUCGCCUACGAUAUUUGUUCAAGAAAUCUCCGGAUGAGAUUCGAAACAUAUGUCUAAUUGCACACGUGGACCAUGGCAAGACAUGCUUCGCCGACUCACUUGUCUCGACAAACGCGAUCAUUUCUGCUCGAAUGGCCGGAAAAUUACGGUUUCUUGACAAUCGUGAGGACGAGCAGACUCGUGGAAUAACUAUGAAAGCCAGCGGAAUUUCAUUACUAUAUGGUCCCAUGCUGGUGAAUCUAAUGGAUAGUCCAGGUCAUAUUGAUUUUUCGUCAGAAGUAACAUCUGCUUUAUUAUUGUCGGACAUAGCUUUGUUACUAGUUGAUGUGGUUGAAGGUGUGUGCUCUCAAACAGAAGUUUUAUUACGGCAAGCGAUUACUCAUGGGCAAACGGUUAUCCUUGUUAUUAAUAAGAUGGAUAGGUUACGAGUCGAAUUAAAAAUGGAUGCGUCUGAAGCAUAUACUCAUAUCGUACGCUUACUUGAAGCUGUAAAUAGUUGCGUUAGU